AUGGCCAGAGAUAUCUCGAGUAUUUUGUCACUGAAAGUAGGGAAAGUCACCCAGACUGCUGGUGCUUCCAAAAGAACAAGGAAGCUUCCACCAUCGAAAGUACCUAAGCUUGAGCAGCAUCUAGCAGCCGCGUCGAACGCGACCCAUUCAUGGAAGAUUCAACCGUAUUUAAUCAGUUGCAAACCUUACGGUUUUGAUAAAUCAUGGAGCUAUUCUAAUGAGCUGAAGCUAUCUCUUUGUUGUUUUGAUCUUGACGGAACCUUAAUAAAUACGAAAUCAGGAAGGAAGUUUGCCAUGGGAGCGGAUGAUUGGAAAUGGUUCAAUGACAAGGUCGUGAACAAGCUAGUUGAUGCGAGUCUCACUUAUGACUUUAUUGUUAUAUUCUCUAACCAAGGAGGUAUUGUUGCCAAUGACCCGGCUUCAAAAUCCUAUACCAACUUCAACAAGAAAUUGACCAGUAUAUUGGGUGUAUUGAAUAAUAAGGAAGUCAAGAAUGUCCUACUAUAUGCAGCACCAAAGCUACCGGCUGCCUUGAAAAAGAACCCUGAUUAUUGUGAUAAGCUGCCAGAAAAGAACCCUUUCGUGAGGAACAGGAAGCCAAAUACCGGAAUGUGGGAUCAAUUGAUGAAGGAUCUAUCUAUUAAAGAAGUGGUAAACACUGCCGUUGAUUUCGGUAGUAGUAUAUUCAUAGGUGAUGCCGCCGGAAGAAAGAAAGACUUCAGCGAUAGUGACAAGCAAUUUGCAGAGAAUAUUGGGAUUAAAUUUUCCACACCUGAUGACUUUUUUGUAUAA